AUGCCAAGCGACGCUGGACUCGGCUCCAAGGAAGAGGACGACGCGCAGCUGAACGAGCGCAUCUCCAAGGCGCACUCGGAGCUGUCCAAGCUGCACCGAAAGAUCAUCGUCGGCAAGAGCGACCGCGAGAGCAACGGACCUGCCCGACGGACACGCAGUCGCACGCUGCGUCCUUCGCCUCUGGACGUCGACCAUGGCACGUCCAGAGAGCGGCUAAAGCAACAAAAGCAGCAGCAGCACAAAGAGCAGCAGCCAGAUCUUCCGGUUGCUAAAGACGCGAUACGGUCCGACCGUAUGCGGCUCGCAGAGCUCUCGGACGAGCAGCUCAAGUGGCCCAGUGUAGAGAAGGACGCAGGGACGGCCCCGUCUGCUUUUCUUAUUCCCCGCGCGAAACGACGGCCAGUCGAUUGUAUCCAAAUGGCUACAUUUCCUCGUCCUCCUCCUACUACUACUACUACUACUGACUCGACUCCGAUUGCUACGACUGCAAAGGACCUGCGUGGGUGUUCAGCAGACGGUGCACAGCAAGCGCUCCAGUGUGACGACGUCACGGACGACGAGGCGCUGGAAGGCGAGAGAAGGACGAGGACGACGAACGGACGUGUCGCAGAUACAGGGGACGUUCGCCGUAGUGACGAGCUGCUGGAUGGAAAACGAGGGGGAAACCCCAAGACGCACGAGGAGCUCCACACGUACGUGCGGCAAAUGGAGGAGACGAUUGCGCAAUUGGUGCAACAAAAGGACGAGUUGGUGCAGAAUCAGGUGGAGUUUGAUAAACACGCGAGUGGGAUCUUUCCGUCGCUGGAGAACUUGAACCAGCAGCUGACGCAGCUUGUGCAAGGCAAGUUGCUGCACUCGAGGCAGUCGCACACGGACAAUGACCAGGAUCCGGAUCACAACGACGUGGCGACGUUGCACGAUGAUAUGCUGGAUGAACUCCGCGUGCAACGGGAGCAGCUGAGCGAACUGGAAGCGGAUGGCAAACGUCGGAAAUACGAUGCCGAGCUGCAGGAGCAGAGCCGCGCGAUUGAAAUUUCACAGAUCAAAGCAGAUGUGAUCAGUGUCAUUGCCAAUGGGAAGAUGCGUGACGAGCGCGCGGAAUUGAUGUCGGAUGCACUCCAGAAGGUGGAACAGGAAAUGCAAGAGGCAGUGAAGAGUAUGGUGCAGCGUUAUCAGCUACUGGACAAGCGCGUGAGUCAACUUCAGACAGCAGUGCAUGUGCCGCAGGUUACGGAGGGGUCCAAGACACAAUGGAACACGUUGCGUUUUCUCGUCACAAUACUAUUGUUGGGGGCAAUACCGGCAGCGCUCGGCUUUCUCAUCGUGAGUAGUAGAGAUUGCGGGAUAAUGGCGCGGUGCCACCCGCUCAUAUAG